GGUUAGACUAUUAUUUUCACAUUCUCUUCUUUUUCUGUAUCUGGGGUAUCAUUUGGAAAGCAUGAUUACAAUUGUUUGAAGAGUAUGAUGCAAGGAGCAGGCAUUUAGCCCAGAGGUCAUAGACAGCUGUGUCCACAUAUGAGUGCCUGGUUUAGUUCUGGAUUUCUGUCUCCAGUGUCCUGCCACUCACAUGGCAUUUUCCUGGUCUGCCUGGUCCAUUUUGGGUAUUUGAGAAGUGAACCAGUAAAUGGGAGCUGUCUAUCUUAAAUAUUUAAAAACUAUAAAAUGAAUAUAGUGAAUUACAACUUAAACAUGGUUGCAAACCAAAUUGUGAAAUUGUUCAUCUGAACUAACCUAGGAAAUCUGAAAGAAAAAGGAUUUUAAAAAAAAGACAAAAGAAUUUUCUGAACUAAGUUUUUUUUUCUGUAAUUGAAUAUGAGAUGUUCAUUUUUAGUUAAAGCUAUAGUGAACUCAUUCUUCACGGUUUCUAGGUUAUUUAGUCAGUGGAUAUUUUUUCCUAAUCUAAAAUUGUCACUGCUAUUUAGGUUACUGUUAAGUAAUAGUUAAUGUAAGGUAAAUAUUUGUUGUGAUUUUUUUUUUUAAGAUUUGUCCAUUUAUAUGAAAGAAUUAGAAGAGACAGAAAUCUUCCAUCUGCUUUCUGGCUCAUUCCCAAGCUGGUUACAGUGGCUUGUGAUUGGCUGACUGAAAACAGGAUCCCAAACCUUGGGCCAUUUUGCUGUCUUUCUCAUGCCAGUAGCAUGGAGUUGAACCACAAGUGGAAAACCAAGGCUCAAACCAGUGCCCAUGUGGGGAAGCUAGCCUCACAGGUGGUGAUGUUUUCUGCUGUACUACUCCUUACCCCCAAUGUUUAUUUAUUGUUAGAAAGAAAAUCCAGCUAGUACAAGUAUUUAGGUAUUAUUUUUGACUUUGAGCUGUAGCUCUUUAUACCUAUCAAUUGUCAAGCCUUAUUUUCUGUCCCCUUUUGCCUUUGCAUUAUUGUUAGUAUGUUAGAAUCAUCCAGCUUGGUUUGCUAUGAGGAUUAAAUAUCCAGUAUACUAGUAUUAUAAUGUUGUUACUGUACAGGUUCAGUUUGCUAUUGUUGAAUGCCCAGAUUUCUGGAGUUUUCUUAAUUGGUUUUCACUUUUCUGUCUGCUUACCUCCCAUUUUUCAGUCAUCUUCACUUUGAGUAAUGUAAGACACCAUGCAAUUGAUUAGCCUUAGUUAAGACUUUACAGUGGACUCCUUUUGCCAUUAGAAUAAAGUCUAUAAAAAUUUUUGUUGCAUACCUAAAAGGUGUCUUUACCCUUUUUGUCUAAAUAUUCUUUGUAUCCAACUUCUUGUGGGCUGGAGAAUUUGUCAGAAUACAAAUUUGAGUUCAGUGUGAUUUUUCCCCCCCUCUCCAAGAUAGAUGGACAAUGACCUGUUUCCACAGUAUAAUCUUAAGUAUAAUUUAUAAAGAUUUUAGGCAGAUGUUGAUAGUCAUAUAGCCAUUCUCAUUUUGUAAAUAUCUUAAUAAGGUGUAGAUGUAGGAGCUUUGUACAGCACUGCUUGUUUGUAUAGUCUCCAUUAGAUACAGCUUGUGCUAAAUUUGGUAAAGCAACUAAAUGAGGAGCUUUCUGAAAUUAAUUAUAAGCCUAUUAAUACUAGUGAACAUCUAAUAAAGAUAAUAACUAACUUUAGGUUUAGAAUGCUCAAUUUGUGACUCUAACAUUUGUAACAGUUAUGUGCCAAGGCUUAUUAUCUGUUAAGAUCAUACCUGUAGACUAACUGCAUUAGCAACUGUUUAUCUUUCUGUUCUUUGUUGCAGGAGGGUAUGAUUCCAUUCCAUUUUAUCCAAACAUGAUAUCAGAUUAUCCAGGAACAAGUUAUAAAGAAGGGAGACUGGUUCCAGAACACAUCUCUGGAAAUUACCCUAUGGACCUUGACUCUAAUGGCAACAUUACAAUCAGACAUAAUUUCUACGGUAGAAUUUAAUCAUUCUGGAGAGUUACUAGCAACAGGAGAUAAAGGUGGUAGAGUCGUCAUCUUUCAACAGGAGCAGGAGAACAAAAUCCAAUCUCAUAGCAGAGGAGAAUACAAUGUUUACAGCACCUUUCAGAGCCAUGAACCAGAGUUUGACUACUUGAAAAGUUUAGAAAUAGAAGAAAAGAUCAACAAAAUUAGGUGGUUACCCCAGAAAAAUGCUGCUCAGUUUCUAUUGUCUACUAAUGAUAAAACAAUAAAGUUAUGGAAAAUCAGUGAAAGGGACAAAAGACCAGAAGGGUAUAAUUUGAAAGAGGAAGAUGGAAGGUAUAGAGAUCCUACUACCGUUACUACACUACGAGUACCAGUCUUUAGGCCCAUGGAUCUAAUGGUUGAGGCCAGUCCACGAAGAAUAUUUGCCAAUGCUCACACAUAUCACAUCAACUCAAUUUCUAUUAAUAGUGAUUAUGAAACUUAUUUAUCUGCAGAUGAUUUGCGGAUUAAUCUUUGGCAUCUGGAAAUUACAGACAGGAGUUUUAAUAUCGUGGAUAUUAAGCCUGCCAAUAUGGAAGAGCUAACAGAAGUGAUUACAGCAGCAGAAUUCCAUCCAAAUAGCUGUAACACAUUUGUAUACAGCAGCAGUAAAGGCACUAUUCGGUUAUGUGACAUGAGGGCAUCUGCGCUGUGUGAUAGGCAUUCUAAAUUGUUUGAAGAACCAGAAGACCCCAGUAACAGGUCAUUUUUUUCUGAAAUCAUCUCUUCUAUUUCUGAUGUAAAAUUCAGCCAUAGUGGUCGAUAUAUGAUGACUAGAGACUAUUUGUCAGUCAAAAUUUGGGACUUAAAUAUGGAAAACAGGCCUGUGGAAACAUAUCAGGUGCAUGAAUAUCUUAGAAGUAAACUUUGUUCACUGUAUGAAAAUGACUGCAUAUUUGACAAAUUUGAAUGUUGUUGGAAUGGAUCUGACAGUGUUGUCAUGACUGGAUCUUACAAUAAUUUCUUCAGAAUGUUUGACAGGAAUACAAAACGAGAUAUAACUCUAGAAGCAUCACGGGAAAACAAUAAACCUCGCACAGUUUUGAAGCCUCGGAAAGUCUGUGCGAGCGGCAAGCGAAAGAAAGAUGAAAUAAGUGUUGACAGCCUAGACUUCAACAAGAAAAUCCUUCAUACAGCCUGGCACCCCAAGGAAAAUAUCAUUGCUGUAGCUACUACAAACAAUCUGUAUAUAUUUCAAGACAAAGUGAAUUAGGGUUGGCAUUCCUAGGAGAGGAGCCCACUUCCUGCUUAGUUGAGAUAGUUGAAAUCUAGCAUUCGUACCUAUAAAAGAGAGAGGUCCAUUGUGGUGCCCCUUUCCAGUGUUUGACAGUGUGCCAUUUGACAACACAUUUUUAUAUAGCUACAUGGAGAAAGCUCUGUGGGUUCAUCACUUGGUGUUCUCCAUGUCUGCUAGCCAUUUAGGUAAGGGUAGGGCACUUUUAAUUUAAAUGACUUCUUGCACCAUCUUGCCUAAUGGACUAGAUUGGACUGUAUCAACAUUGAUUUACUCCACUUUUUAUGCCUUCCAUUGUGAUGAUGUCAAACACAGUGAAAGCCUUCAGUCAUGCUAUGGGAUUUAAUUGUGUAUCCUCAUUACUGUAUCAUUGUGGGGUACACCCCUCCUUCCCCUUUUUUAAAUUAAAUACAGCUCAUUCUUACUGUGGCUUGUAGCAUUCCUCCUCUCUGACCUCCUGGACUCUCCCCGUCAUCUCUCUGACCUUUGCCCCACCCACCUGGUCUUGGUGGUGGUAUAUUACAAAAAGAAUGAAAGCACACAAAAUGAGUCAGUUUGGGGUUAGUGGUAAAGGGGGUAUAUGUUGCGAACAAAUGUUUUAAUAACAGUUGGCUGUAAUCACUCCUUGCCAUGUCUGGCACUGAAAAUAAGGAAAAAAACUACUACUGAAUAAAAGUGACAAAGAAUGGAGAAUCUGGUUUUCUUUUUAUUUUUUUUUAAUCUACCUCUUUAAGUCAGUAUUUUGUUACAUACCCUUGGAUGUAGUGAAAUUAAAUGGGUUUCCAUUGUUUUAUUACUAUUUUUUGUUAAUUUUUUUUAACAAGUGUUCUUUAACAUGGAUUAAGAGAUGUAUUGGUUCUGUAUGAACAUUUUUAAGUAUAUAUUGAAUUAUUAAGGAUUUCAUAAUCUGAAUACUACUAGAGAUUUUUUUACUGUAGUUAAGAGGGAAUCAGAUACAUAAUUUAUCUGUUGAUGGAAUUAUAAAUGGGCUCCAAAUUUGUAGGACUUUAUCUUAAAAUGACUUUUUACAGUGCUAAAUUUCAUUUUUGCCUUACAAAAUUCUAAGUCAGACUGAAGUGUUUUUUUUUAAACAAGUUAAGAACUUUUUUUUUGUCAUUCAGUGUUAUAGCAUAAAAUUAACAUUAGACGAUUCAAUACAUAAAGUUGACACUGCACUAAAUAACUUUUUAUUGCUGUCAAAUCAGAUUUAAUUGUAACUUGCCAUAGAUAUUUUUCUUCUAUUUUUGAUUUUCCAAAGUUGUAUUAAAGAAGACGCUUUAAAGGUACAGUGCUAAAUGCUCACUGGACUCCCAGCGGCUGCCUCAAAUAAAAGGCUAGUCAUUUGUGCAUGACUACAUUUUCCCUGAGUGGUAAUACUCUAUCCAAAGAUGAAGAAUGCCCCUAUUUUUAAUAGGUACAAUAUACCUUUGUCAGUCUUGAAAAAGCUUUAAUGGAGAAGAAAUGGACUUUAUUUUUAAGAGAUGAAUUGAGCAGGCAUUUCUAUUAGAGAGUGGUGGUAUAUUUUGGUUGAGCAAUAAUGUUACAGCCUUGAAUUUUAGAGGACUGCUUCAUUUAUGUCCACUGCCUAUUGUUCAGAUGCAAAUUGAUUAAACAAUUUAACCAUAAUUCCCUCUACACUUAUAUAAGAAUAUUAUGUCUUGGAAGUUAACGUUUUUAGCACAUAGGAGGAAUUUUGUGUAAUAAAAUUACUGUAUCUUUUGGACUUAGCAAGUCUGAAUGAAUUUGUAUUUAAACACCAAUUAUAUGUCUUAUAAAAUUUAACAGCACUUUUUCCAGUUUAUUUCAGGAUCGUUGGUAUAUUCGUAAUUUGUGCUAUUUAUUCUUCAUACCUAUCUUGAAAGUGUAUUGUUUCGCUUCCAGAAGUAUUAAGUA